UUCUCAUUUCUGCUAAGCUGGUAGCUGCGCGUGGUGUAGACACACAGCAUCUUUUGGAGAUGUUUUAUUCAGGGCUCCUCGCAGAAGGCAGUAGGAAGGAGAUGGAAAUGCGAGAUGCGGCUUCUCUGCGGCAGCAGCGAAGAAUGAAGCAGACAGUCCAGUUUAUGCACAAGGAUUCUGCAGAUUUGCUUCCAUUGGACGGACUGAAGAAAUUGGGAACCUCGAAGGAAACCCAACCACAUAACAUUCUGCAGAGGCGGUUACUGGAAACUAAUUUGUCCAAGUUUCGAGGAAACAGUUGUGGAACAAGAGUCCCAGAUAACGGUAUCUCGGUGCAAAGCUAUGGGUUUCAUCAGGGCAGAGAGCAGAGCCCAACAACAAGCGAGGAAGAAGACCUGAUAUGUGUGUGCUGUAAGUGCGCUGGAAAGGAGAUCAAAGUUGUAAUUGACACAGGCUGCCGAUUCAACCUCAUUACUACGGCCUGCCUGGAUAGAUUUGGUCUGAAGGAACUUGUCAAGAUAAACGAGACUGAAGUAGAGACUCUCCCUUUCCCACAUAACUUAAAACCAGUGGGUCAGAUUGAAACUCUCCCUCUCAUGAUUGGGCAGAUACAGGUGGAUUGCUCAGCAGUUGUUGUGGAGAAUGAUAUAGAAUGCAUGUCUCUGGGGUUUAGAACAUUGCGAUCCUUGAAGUGUGUAAUAAACACGAACAAGCAACACCUAGUUCUGGGCACAGUGGAAAGGGAGGAAGUUCCAUUUUCUGCUAGUAAAAGUGACAAUGAAAGCUCUCCUGAAGUGUGAAGGAUCCAAUCUUCUCAGCAAGUUAGAUAGCAUACAUUACCCUUGGCUGCCCCAUUCCUGUAAAUUUGACAGCUAGUGUUAACUACAAGUACAUGGGAGCUUAAUUAGAUUUUGCACAACCAGGGCAUGAAAUGGCCGGCUGCCUCUUAACCUGACAAGCCCAGUUUUGAUCUAUGUCAGGUUAACUCCUCAAUUUGCAUUAAUUAAAUCAUAUAAUGUGGUCAUAGCAUUUACAUACAGUAGCAAUCCGAAGUGCGGCGCUACCAGUGAGCCACAGAAAUGCACAACAUUUCAUAAUGACAAUGUCAGAUAAACUCUUUCAUGUCCUGGGAUGUGUCACAGUUUAGCAUGCUUAAACUAUGCGUACAUUUUCAAGACCUCCAUCGUUAUGCUGCUUCUAGCAGUUUUUAAAAUAUGUUCGUACAAGACUAUAGAUACAGUAUCUGUCAUACUAGCUAAAUUGGCUUUGACACAUAACAACUUUGCAGAUUAUAUAUGUGGUUUGUUUUAAACACCUAUGUUAAAGUUUGCUGUUAAUUUGAUCAGAAUAAAAAUGAAAUGAAAACAGGACACAUUUGCAAACACUCUAAAUUUUAAUUGACACCAUUUCCAGAUUAUGACCAUGUAUUAUUCAUUGAGGUACUUCAGACCCAUGACAUUUACCUCGUUUAUCUUGUAGAUAGCUGGAAAUCCAGCCGUGCCCUAUGUUUUGGUAUGUCUUGUACAGAUAAUUCAGAACCAACAAGCACAACAUUGUUGUUGUAGACAAGGAUAUGGACAAAAGUGUAAAAAAAAUAAAAUAAUAAUAUAUACUUUUACAAAAUGCCAAUAGAGUAGAAGAGUACAGCAUUUUAAAUGUCAUUUGUGAGCAAAAUGUAGAAAUAAUUUCACUGCUAUGUAGUAUUUAUGCUGCAGUCUCCUUUUUAGCUGCUCUUCAAGAGAUUCCGUUUGAUGUCUUAAAAAUGAUACCAGCUCAACCUUUCCAACUAGUGCCUGUCAUUUUUAUUGUUUAGAAACUGUUUCUUACUUGAGUAUUAGAUGCUGUAUUUUAGUAGCAUUUGCGCAAGUGGCACUUUGUAUUAGCUUAAAUAUCAAUCAGUUUUUUUUUUUUUUUUUUUUUGUGAACUCCGUGCAUUUUGAUAGCCUAACUUUUAUGUUACAGACUUGUGGUAAUACAAAUGUAGAUACAUUGUUAAAACAAAUGUAGUUGUUUCUGUACGAACCAAAGUGCAAUCGAAGGUCAGUUUACAAAUAUUUUUUACAUCUGUGAUAAUAGUUGAAUAUUUUUUCAGAGUUAGAUCAGCAGUAACAUGGGUCUUUGAUCUUUGUAAGUAGCUGCUAUAGUUUUUAACUUUCUAUUUAAAUGAAAGCAAUAUGAUUAACAUUACUGUUCUGUACUGUUAUAAGGAGCCUGUAUAUUUGAAAUAAAAUACGUUUAGAUCUGCG